AUGAGUAAAGCUCCAAAUCAACCAGGUGCACCAGCUCCAGGACAAUAUGGACAGCCACAACCAGGUGCUUAUCCACCACCAGGACAAUAUGGACAACCACAACCAGGUGCAUAUCCACCUCCAGGACAAUACGGACAACCACCAGCUCCAGGUCAAUACGGACAACCACCAGCUCCCGGACAAUAUGGACAACAACCAGGACAAUAUGGUCAGCCACAACCAGGUCAAUACGGUCAACCACAACCAGGUCAAUAUGGACAACCACAGCCAGGUGCUUAUCCACCACCAGGACAAUACGGACAACCACAAGCUCCAGGUCAAUAUGGACAACCACAACCAGGUGCUUAUCCACCACCAGGACAAUACGGACAUCCACAAGCUCCAGGUCAAUAUGGACAGCCACAAGCUCCAGGUCAAUACGGACAACCAUACCCAACUCCAGGACAACCAGCAGCUCCAGGACAAUACGGUAAGCCACCAGCAGGUGCACCAGCUCCAGGACAAUACGGACAACCACAGCCAGGUGCCUACCCACCUCCAGGACAAUAUGGACAGCCACAGCCAGGUGCUUAUCCACCUCCAGGACAAUACGGACAACAACAACCAGGUGCCUACCCACCUCCAGGACAAUACGGACAACCACAAGCUCCAGGACAAUACGGUCAACCACAACCAGGUGCUUAUCCACCACCAGGACAAUACGGACAACCAGCAGCUCCAGGUCAAUACGGUGCUCCACCCGCUGCACCAGCACCAGCAGCAGGAGGAGGUGUCAGUUUAGUGAAGUUCUUUGAUCACGUCAAACACAGAUAUGCAAGAGACUACACAUUGAUCAUCGAUAAAUCAGGUAGUAUGUCAGGUUCACUCUGGAACCAAGCAUCGGCUGCCGUUGCCAAGAUUGCACCAUUCGCUUGCCAAGCCGAUCCAGAUGGAAUUACAGUUUACUUCUUCUCCAGUCCAUCGCCAAGACAUCCAAAAUACGAGAACAUUCGUGAUGGAAAUAUGGUAAUGGGAUUAUUCCAACGUGAGAAACCAAGUGGUACAACUGAUUUACAUGGUGUAUUGAAACAAGCUAUCGAUGAUCAUUUCAUCAAAGGAAAUAAACCAGAGACUAUCUUGGUCAUUACCGAUGGUAUUCCAAACAAUGAAUCGGAUGUAAAGAAAUUAAUAAUCGCAACAGCAAACAGACUCACAAGAGAUGAAGAUCUUUCGAUCUCCUUUAUUCAAAUCGGUAGAGACCGUAGUGCAACCACUUUCCUCAAGGGAUUGGAUGACUAUCUCACUUCACAAGGUGCCAGAUUCGAUAUCGUUGACACAUUGACCAUGGAUGAAAUGCAGAACCUUUCAUUCGAACAAAUGAUUGACAAAUCAAUUGCCGAUUAA